UGCAUACCUCUUCGGAGAAGAAGAGAGAAAAACAAACGGCAUCAAUGGCGACUCUCUCACCUCCUCCACAGCUUCUCUCUCUAAAACUCCCUUACUCUUCUCAUCAUCUUCCUUUCCGAUUCCGAAACCCUAACCCUAGCCUCGUCUCCUCCAUUCCCCGCUCUCCUCUCGCAAUCCGCUCCGUCCCCAACCUUCUCAGCUCCGCCGCCGACGCCGUUCCCGACGAACAGAGAGCCGCCACUCUCCGCCGUCUCUGCGAAGGCCUUGUCCCCGAGCACGUGUUGCGAAGAGUCGAAGAAGUCGGGUAUAUUGAACCAACCGAUGUGCAAAGACAAGCUUUGCCAAUUCUGUUCUCUGGCCGAGAUUGCGUUCUUCACGCGCAGACAGGUUCUGGGAAGACUUUGACGUAUCUGUUGUUGAUAUUUUCUGUUGUGAAUACUCAAAGAUCGGCUGUUCAAGCACUCAUUGUGGUGCCCACACGGGAACUUGGUAUGCAAGUUACAAAAGUUGCUCGUACUCUUGCUGCGAAGCCAAUGGAAAGUGAUUUGGAGCAGAAAUCUUGUAGUGUCAUGGCUCUUUUAGAUGGUGGAACUUUAAGAAGACACAAGAGUUGGCUAAAGGCAGAGCCCCCUACAGUUGUGGUGGCAACCAUUGGGAGUUUGUGCCAACAACUAGACAAGCAGAUUCUUACUCUUGAAUCAAUGCGGGUUUUGGUAAUUGAUGAGGUUGACUUUAUUUUCAACUCUUCAAAACAAGUCAGUUCCCUUCGAAAGCUUUUGACAUCAUAUUCUACAAUCAGUAAUCGCCAGACUGUUUUUGCUAGUGCAUCUAUCCCACAGCAUAGGCGGUUUUUACAUGAAUGUGUACAACAGAAAUGGACUAAGAGCAAUGUGGUUCAUGUCCAUGUCAAUCCAAUUGAGCCCAUGCCAUCGUGCUUGCAUCAUAACUUUGUGAUUUGUGGUAAGAACAAGAGGCUGCAAACCUUGCUAUCCUUGUUACACUCUGAUGCUCCACACUCGGGCAUUAUUUUUGUUGGUGAGCAGUCCGAAAAGUCAAAAAAGGCUGGAAAUGCUCCACCAACUACUAUACUAAUGGACUUUUUGAAGGAUUCUUACAAGGGUGGUUCAGAAAUCCUCCUUUUGGAAGAAGACAUGAAUAUAAAUUCGCGGACAGCUUCUUUAUCGGAAGUGAGACAAGGAGGUGGCUAUCUUCUUGUAUCGACGGAUUUAGCUGCCAGAGGAGUUGAUCUUCCGGAAACCACUCACAUAUACAAUUUUGAUCUGCCGAGAACCGCCACUGAUUAUCUCCAUCGAGCAGGACGAACGGGAAGGAAACCAUUUUCGAAUGAGGAAUGUACUGUCACUAACAUUAUAACAUCGGAGGAGCGGUUUGUUUUGCAAAGAUACGAAAAUGAGUUGAUGUUUAACUGUGAAGAGCUAGCUACGUAGAGUAGAAUUCAUGAA